UACAGUUUCAUUCAAUCCGUCUGUCCACGCUCGGUGGUCUAGCGUUCGUACCACAGCAGGCGUUGCGUUUGGUGAAAAAUCGAUAAUUUUAGCCAAUGCAGAACGGCCGCGGUGUAGUUCUGCCAGACUGCAAGGUAAUUUGUACGCUGGUUUAGGGCAACAAUAUGCAGUAAUUGUGUGUAUUUUGGAUACGGUUGGAUAAGGAGAAUAUCACACCGACUAGAUAACGUUGGUGUUGAAGUGCCCAUUUGCUCCAAUGCAAUACCGUCCUCGUGACGACAAAGGGUGAACGAAAGUGCGUUACCAGACGGCAAAAUAUUUCAAUCGACACGGGACAGUUUAACUACAGCAGCAAAACGGAAACAUUGCUGAGUCACCCGUUAGGCUCCGUAAAUCGCACUCCCAAAAUGCGUGCGUUGGGCAUUGCACAGCCGAACAACCAUCAUCAAACGACGGUCGCCAGCAACAACACCACCACCUCCACCUCCUCCUCCUCCUCCUCCACCACCGCCAGCAAUGUCGGCAGCGUCGGUGCGUCGACCGGUGGCAGCGCGGCGGCCGGGAUCAACGGUAAGAACGGCAACGGAGAUGGACACCAUCACGGACCGGGUGCCACCCUGAUUACGCUGCCCCGUGCCAUCCCCGCCGGCACCGGGUCGGCCGGCGAUGGACACCACCGCCUACCGGGUGGGCAGCUGCGGACGGCCGGACACGGUGGCGUGGUGGCCGGCGGGGGCAGCGUCAGCGAUACCGCCGCCCAGGACACGAUCUAUCUGUGCAACUUUCGCGUCACCGUCGACGGCGAGUGGCUCUGUCUGAAGGAGCUGCAGGAUCUCGAUAUCAAAGACGGCCAGGCGGGCGGUGGCGGCGGCGGCAGCGGCGGGGCCGAUGCGCUGGGCGGCGGCGGAGGUGGUGCGGGCGGAGGAACCAGUGACUGCAACGCACUCAAUAGUUUCGGUAUAAUAGAGAACGUAAAAUGCGAAGAGAAGAUUAUCGAGCGCGAUUGGGUUAACUACUACUCUCGCGAUCCGGCCUCUAUCGAGCGGAGCAAUCUGGUGAAGAUAUGCAAACUGGUGGUGAAGGAAUUGCUGGAGCAGUCGCUGCGCUUUGGCCGCAUGCUCGACUCGGACCACCUUCCGCUGCAGCACUUUUUCAUCGUACUAGAGCACGUUCUGCGCCAUGGGCUGAAGCCAAAGAAGGGUCUGCUGGGACCCAAAAAGGAGCUGUGGGACAUUUUACAAAGCGUCGAGCGGUACUGCGUUGAAGCGAUGGAUAUUACUUCCUCCGUGCGCGAUCUGCCCACGGUACGAACGCACAUGGGACGCGCCCGAGCGUGGUUGCGUUUGGCGCUGAUGCAAAAGAAGCUUGCGGACUAUCUGCAGGUGCUGAUCGAGCAUCGGGAUGACUCGCUAGCCGAGUAUUACGAACCGCACGCGCUAAUGUUGAGCGAUGAGAUAAUUAUCAUCGUCGGCAUUCUCGUGGGCCUGAAUGUGAUCGAUUGCAAUCUGUGCGUGAAGGAGGAAGACCUGGACUCGCAGCAAGGUGUGAUCGAUUUUUCGCUGUACCUUCGCUCCAGCUCUCGCAACAGCCCGGACGAGGAAAACAAUGGUGGUGUUGGGGGUGGGAUCGAUGACAGUGCCACCGGUGCCAUGACGGCCGUGCUGGACCAGAAGAACUACAUCGAAGAACUGAACCGACAUCUCAAUGCUACGGUGGCGAACCUGCAGGCUAAGGUUGAAUCACUCACCACGACCAACGCGCUCAUGAAGGAAGAUUUGGCAAUCGCACGGAACAGCCUAAUGGCGCUGCAGGCCGAAAAUGCUGCCCUCCGAAGGGCGUCCCAGCAUGGGCACCCGAUCGAGGACAAGACGAACGUGCUGGACCGGUUCGAUCCCGAGAUGGCGGAAACACUGGCGGAAGAGCGCAAAAAACGGCAGGAAAUCGAAAAGGAGCUGGAUCUUCAAGUAUCGCUGAAAGCGGAAACGGAAAUGGCCAUGAAGCUGCUGGAGAAGGAUAUACACGAAAAGCAGGAUACGAUCGUGUCGCUGCGUCGCCAGCUCGAGGAUAUCAAGUCGAUCAAUCUCGACAUGUACCGUAAGCUACAGGAGUGCGAAGCGUCGCUGAAGCACAAAACUGAGCUAAUGUCGCGGAUGGAAACGCAGCGCGAAUCGAUGGCCAGUGCAAUUACGCAGCUGGAGAAAAAAUACAGCUCGGAAACUGCGAGCCUGAACGCGUUGCAAGAAUCCUCUCAGGCACUGUCGCUUCAAGUGAUCGCCAGCGAGCAGCGAGCCGCCCGGGCCGAAGCAGAUCUGCGCAUCGAGCGCGAGUGGCGAACGGCUAUGCAGGAGAAGGAAAUGGAACACAAAGAAGCGAUCAGCGAUCUACAGCUGCAGGUGAAACAAUUGAUGGAUGAUUCCAAGCAACUCGGAAAAGCCAACGUAGAGCUGGAAAAGCUUCGCAGUCAGUGGGCCGAAGAUCAGCGGACGCUGGAGGAGCUGGGCGUACAGCUGAGCGUCAGCAAGCUACAGAUCUCGGAGCUAAAAGAAAAAGGUGCCGGAGGAAGUCAGCACAGUUCCGACCACACCAAAGGGGACGGGGGUGAAUCGGGUGUUGGUGGCACUGGCGGCGGUUGGACACCGGAUAAGGUCGUUUCGAAGUGCACCGGUUGCGAGAAGGAGUUUAGCAUAACGCGCCGAAAGCAUCACUGCCGUAAUUGUGGGAAGAUAUUUUGCUCCAGCUGCUCGGAGCACGUGGCCGCGCUAGGGGGAACGGGUGCGCCGGAUCACCAGCAAUCCGGGACACCGAACGGAAGCAGCAAACCGGUGCGCGUGUGUGAUCAUUGUUGGGAAAAGUUGGCCACCAAGUAGUGGAGCAGACACCAAGGGGCGGGGGACGUGAUGCCAGCGCCACGUUUUCAAAGGUUUUAAUUAUUGAAGCGAAUCAAUUCCAACCACUCGACAAAAUGCUACCCGGGAUGCCUUAUCUAUUAGCGAAACUACCAUGUGGUGUUGUGCAUAAUCAGCGUCGUGUAUGCAAAACGAAGCAGCAGUAGUAGAGUAUCAGCUCGACAAAUGUUUCAUACAUCUUUAUAUACUUGGAAUGUUCGGUAGAAUAUUUAUUUUAAUAAAUAUAAGUACAUGUAAA